UACACACAAGACACGGGCAAACACACGCGCGACAAUAGGAAAUGCAACCCUUAACAUGAACAGCAACAACAACAAUACAACAAGGGCUAUUUACAAUUGCACGCAGGGCUACAGUAUUGUAGGAUAAUAACACGCUGACUGGCAAUUACAAUAUUUCUUAUUAUUGACCUUUACUGGAAGGUGUAACAUUUGCACAGCUUAUUUCAAUACUUAAUAAUAUCGAGAGAUUAUUAUUCCUAGUUGACUUUAUGACAAAAGAGAGCUUCUGUGUUGACUUUAUACGCCCACUGAACAAACUGAAAACGUUGAGUGAUUGCAUGAAACUAGGAAGUGACAUGCUUCAUCCACAUUCAAGUGUGGUUUGUGGCAAACAGCCUUAAGAUAUCCGGUGGCAACCGAUUGACGUGAAUAAUAAAUACUCGGACAAGAUGUCAGAUGGAGAUGCAUUGAAAGCUGUGGACCUGGGAGAAAAGGCAACCAAUCCCUUAAAGCCAUCAUCACAAACUCCCCCCGAGCCCGUGUCCUCGGUGCAGAAUGACCCCACCACUCAGGGGGCGGCAGCCCCUGAACCCAGACUGGAGGCUAGGGAGAACCAGUGGACAUCAACUCUCAACCAGUUCAAGCUUAUGAAGUUCUUUGUUCUACGGCCUGGCACUGUGGAUCAUGCAAUCGAAGACAUCAAGACUCUGGUCAGUCAGCAAGAAGAUGGCGAUGUUAAAAGUGUCUGGCUUUUGACAGAGAUUGACCACUGGAACAAUGAAUUGGAGCGUCUGGUUAUCAUUACAGAAAACUGUCUGCUCAUUUGCAAGUAUGACUUUUUGAUGUUCAACUGUGAGCAGAUUGAAAGGAUCCCACUGAACUGUGUGGAUCGUGUCUCACAUGGUACCUUCAUCUUCCCUCAACAUUCCCGCCUCUCGAGAGAAGGUGAAGGGCUGCGUAUAAAUUGGGAUCAGAUGAGAGAACCAGCCUUUAGCUCCCGCUGGAAUCCAUUUGCCAAAGAUUAUCCCUAUGCUACCUUCACUUACCACCCGGUGAGGACUGCCAAUGAGAAGUUCACUGCUCUGUGUGAGCUCAAGGACUUUCAAGAGCACGUGAUCCAGGCAGCCAAGCUGGCGCAUUUGAAGAAGCCUAUCCCAGGAAAGGCGAAUGAGGUCCUUGUUUUGAAUGAGCCCAUUCUCAUUGAGGCCUAUGUGGGCCUUAUGUCCUUCAUCGGGAAUCAGAACAAGCUGGGUUACUGUCUCGCACGAGGCAAUAUUGGUUUUUAGAUUUACAUUUUUAUCUUACCUAUUUUUGAUCAUUUUAUUUGUCAUGUGUAUUGUUUUCCUUGCUGUAAUUGAAGUAUACUAGGCUUGAUGAUAAGUGACUGAAUUUACAAUAUAUACAAAAUUACUUGCAGCCUUGUUCAUUUGUUGUAUAAAUCUGUAACCUUACUCAGACUAAAUUUAUUUUGUGAAUUUAUAUUCAUUUUCAAUUUAAAAUCAUGCUUUUAAAAGGAAUGUAACAUUUUCGAAAUCUUUGAAAAAAUAUUUUGAAGGCUGCAGUGCUUUCUUAGACGGAACAAACUUGCUUUCAUAAUAAUAAUAAAUUUUAAUUCUAAUGCACUUUUCAUUAAAACAAAUCUCAAAGUGCUAAAGAGUAAAAAAAAAAACAUCAAGGGAAAGCCUUUUUAAAAAGGUGGGUUUUUAGGCCACGUUUAAAAGUGUCAACGGUCUGUAGUGCCCUCAAAUGGACUGGGAGAGCAUUCCAAAGUAGAAGGCCCAAUCCCCCAUUGUGCGGAGCGUAGUUCUAGGAGUUUUAAGGAGGUAGGAGGAGGAAGAACGAAGGGAGCAUGAAGAAGAGGUCUGAACAGUGAUGAGAUCUUUGAGGUAAGAGGGGGCAGUUCCAUGAACACAUUUAUGGGUGAGUAGUGGGACUUAAUAUUAUAUUCAAUGCGGAGUGAAACGGGAAGCCAGUGAAGUGUCUUGAGAAUAGGAGUGAUGUGGUUGAAUUUUUGGACCCUAAUCAAAAUUCUGGCAGCACUGUUUUGGAUGUGCUAGAGUUUUUGAAUGUUCUUACUAGUUGUACCGAUGAAAAGUGCAUUGCAAUAGUCUAACCUGGAAGAGACAAAGGCGUGGACCAAUCUUUCAGCAUCUGCCAAGGUCAAUGAGGAACUAGAGAAAGUGAUACCAGUGACGGUGGAGGUGCGAACCUGGUGCGGAGUGCCAACUAUAAUGGCCUCUGUCUUGGAGGUGUUAAACUGAAGAAAGUUAAGCUUCAUCCACGACUUUAUCUCCUCCAGGCAUGCAGUGAGAGCUGCAGGUUGCAAGGAUGUCUUCAAAUAAAGCUGCGUGUCAUCAGCAUAAUAGUCUGGUGAUAAUGUGACCGAGGGGAAGCAGGUAUAAGGUGAAGAGAGUCGGUCCUAGCAUCGAGCCUUGGGGGACACCGAAAGUAACAGUGUGGGAGUCAGAUAUAGCUUUUCCCAGGGCGACAUACUCGGUUCUCCCUGAGAGAUAGGAGAAGAACCAAUUAUAAGCGGAGUCAGAGAGGCUGAUGCUGGUAUGUAACCGGUGCAAUAGGAUGUUGUGGUCGACGGUGUCAAUAGCGGCGGACAAAUCCAGAAGAAUAAGAAGGGAAGGAGAGCCAGCAUCAGCUGUCAUCAGUAAGGCAUUUUGCUUUCCUGCUUUUUGUAUUUGAUUAAGUGUCAAGGAAUGUACAUCCAUGCCUUGCAUUUUAAUAAAGCCCUUUCUGAGAA